UUCUCCCUCCCUCACUCUGCCAUGUUUUUAAUUUUACAAACUUUAUUAAUUUAAAGUUUACUAUAAAAGCCUUAUCUAAACAUCCCCUCCAAACAUUCACAACAUCCAAACAACAACAAAAACAAAAACAAUGCAAAUCUACACAUUUCCUCAAUUUAUUGCCAACUUCAACUUUAUUAUGCUCCUUAUUGUGCCACUUGGUUCUUUUGCGGAAUCUCCCCCAGUAAUUCCUACAGAAGCAGCAGAUAAGGAUGAAUGUUGCAUAGACGAUGGGAGGCUUGUGGACACUUCUUUUGCUGGGGCAUUGGCUGCACUUAUUAUAAUAUUUUUUUGGCACAUUCUUCGCAUUUUUUGCAUUUCUCGAAUGGCUGCUGCUCAUCAUCCACCAUCAAAACUUCCUCCUCCACCUAAAGAAUCUUCGUCUUCUUCUUCUACCAACGUUGACAGUUCACCAUUAUUAUUAUCAAAACAAUAUGUGCUGGAAGUGAGAGAAGUGCCUGGGGAAGGAGGGGGUAAAGGCAACAAGUGA